UAAUUAUUAAAAAAAAAAAAAAAAAAAGAUAUACCGGUCGUGGAAGGAUUUUACGGUAGUCCGCACGGAAGAGAUGAUGAUGAUCUUCUCUUGUCUCUUGCGUCCUCGUGACGUUAUGUUCAGACUCAGAGCAGUGGUCCUGAUGAUGCGCAUAGAAAACCAACUGCAUUCUAGCUUAGUCCUCGUGACCUCUAAAUCAAUACGUUAUAUAUUCAAUAUUUGUUUAGCUAAAGGGUUCAUCACAUGUUAUUUAUGAAACAAACGUUUAAAACGUUCAUAAAUCAUUGUAAAUUAACGGCUUUUCAGUCUUCGCCUUUUUCUAUUCCGGAAGCAGCGGGAUUUGGGGGUUGUGUCUAAAGCAGCAGCGUUAAACGUGUGGUGUCACUGUCAUAGCUCACCGAUACACACAGGGAUACUCUCUCAUCCUACCAAUAACACAAGGGGGAACAUACCUCAAAUAAACAACAACGUUUGUGCAUGAUAGCCAGCUAUUGCUCCCCAUGCAAGAUGGACGUUAGCCAUGGACUGUAGACUUCUCCGGCGGGAUUGAAGAGGAUGGGCCCAGGUUCCGGCGACCUGUGGAGAUGUCUCUUGGUCGGCUACUGCGGCGCGCCUCCUCCAAGGCCUCCGACCUCCUGACCUUUAACCCCGGCGCCGGGGGCUCGUCGGCGCGCUCAGGCCUGGACGGGGAAAUCAUCUUCUCCAAAAACAACGUCUGUGUGCACCCCGCCGAGCCGCUGCCCGGGCUCGGAGAACACCAUCCAGGCUACCUGUGCGUGCACGUGGAGAAGGACGACAGCCUGGGCACCACGCUCAUCCUGACCUGGGUGCCCAACUGCCGCAUCCAGCGACAGGACGAGGAGGCCCUCCGCUACAUCACCCCGGAGAGCUCCCCCGUGCGCCGAAACGCCCGCCACCGGGGCCGAAGGCCUCGCUCACGCCCCCCCACGGCCCAGGAGGAGGACGUGGUGGUAGACGAGGACAGGAGCGUCACCAGGCCGGUCCCCACCACCAGCACCACCAGCGACGGCCAGAGGCUCCCAGUGGCGGGGGAGGCUGGUGGGGAGCCCUCUCCGACCCGGCACCAGGCCUCGUCCCUGGGGACGGGGGACGAGGGAGACGAGCUUUCGGAUGAGGUGAGCCGGGACAGCACCAUGGGCUCGGACUCGGACACCUUCUCCUCGCCCUUCUGCCUGUCGCCCGUCAGCGAGGCUCUCUGCGAGAGCAGCGGCUCCGUCUUCCUGGACAACGAAAGCAGGGAGAUGUGCGACGAAUCCAUGACCCCCUCAGUAAGCUCCGCCUCCAGCCUGGACAGCCACGCCCCUUCCGAGUGCAGCAGCCAAUCGCAGGGCAUGCGCUGGGAGGAGCAGCAGAAGGCCCUGGCGCUGGAGCAGCUGUGCGGCGUGUUCCGGGUGGACCUGGGUCACAUGCGAUCCCUUCGACUCUUCUUCAGCGAUGAGGCGUGCACCAGUGGGCAGCUGGUGAUCGCCAGCAGAGAGAGCCAGUACAAGAUCCUCCACUUCCACCACGCCGGCCUGGACAAGCUGGCCGAGGUCUUCCACCAGUGGAAGUGCUGCAGGGAGACCCAGCUCAAAGACCAGGUGGUGGAUGAGAAGUCCUGCAUGCAGUUCUCCAUCCGCAGACCGGUGCUGCCGUCGGCAGAGAGCCACCCGGAGGAGCGGCUUUACCGCCGGCUGGAGGUCAACACCUGGCUGAGGCACUUCAACCGCAACGGACAGGUGGAGGAGGAGUACAAGCUGCGCAAGGCCAUCUUUUUCGGUGGUAUCGACCCGUCCAUCAGAGGCGAGGUGUGGCCCUUCCUGCUCGGCUACUACAGCUGUGACUCCUCUUCCGAGCAACGUGAGGCCUGGAGGCUGCAGAAGCGCACGCACUACCACGACGUGCAACAGCGCAGGUUGUCCAUGACCCCUGAGGAGCACAGCGAGUUCUGGAGGAAGGUCCAGUUCACGGUGGACAAGGACGUGGUGAGGACGGACCGCAGCAACCUCUUCUUCAGAGGGGAGAACAACCCCAAUGUGGAGAUCAUGAGGCGGACCCUGCUGAACUACGCCGUGUUUAACCCGGACAUGGGCUACUGCCAGGGCAUGUCUGACCUGGUGGCCCCCCUGCUGACGGAGGUCCAGGACGAGAGCGACACCUUCUGGUGCUUUGUGGGCCUGAUGGAGAACACCAUCUUCAUCAGCUCGCCCCGCGACGAGGACAUGGAGCGCCAGCUGAUGUACCUGCGGGAGCUGCUGCGUCUGAUGCUGCCGCCGUUCCACCAGCACCUCACCCAGCUGGGGGAGGACGGCCUGCAGCUGCUCUUCUGCCACCGCUGGGUGCUGCUCUGCUUCAAGAGGGAGUUCCCCGACAACGACGCCCUGCGCAUGUGGGAGGCAUGCUGGGCCCACUACCAGACGGACUACUUCCACCUGUUUCUGUGUGUGGCCAUCAUCGUGCUGUAUGGCGAGGAUGUGACCGAACAGCAGCUAGCCACCGACCAAAUGCUGCUUCACUUCAGCAACCUGUCCAUGCACAUGAAUGGAGAGCUGGUGCUACGGAAGGCUCGCAGUCUGCUCUACCAGUUCCGCCUCCUACCCAGAAUCCCUUGCAGCCUCCACGACCUGUGUAAGCUGUGCGGGCCGGGCAUGUGGGACAGCCGCUACAUCCCCACCGUGGAGUGUUCCGGGGAGCACCCAGACUCCCAGAGCUGCCCCUAUGGAGGCACCCCCGUCCCCCAGCCCUGCUCGCCCUCCCCCGCCUCCACCCCCAACCCCACGCCCACCCCCUCCCCCGAGGGCAAGAGGGGCUCAAAGGCCAGGGACAUUUUCACCUUCCGCAAGUCUUAAAGCGGCGUGGGACGUACAGAGGAAGGGGACCAGGGGGUUUCAAUGGCCUCCGGCUGCUUGGUCGCUCGCCAUUACUGUUGGCAUCGGCCGAGGAUAGUGCAGGGAUCCCCCUCCUCAGUCUCUCCUCCUCCGAAGGCCGCCGCCGCCAUUUUGGUACAGCGCCCGGUUCAGGACUUCCUCUUCACUGCCUUACUGGAAAUGGAUUCAACAAGAUGCUCACUGCGGCGCGAGACCAACCCCCUAAUGGGUGGGGCGCUGUACACUGAGGAAGGGAGGCCAGGGAAGCUCUUUUCUAUUGGUCGAGCUAAAAGCUGACAAUCAUCGGCGUCGCCGGUCCACAGGAACUCCAGGUUGCACCCUGCUGCUCACUGGGGCUGAGGCCAGAGGCUUUACGGGAAGGAGCCACGUUGAAGACCGGAAUGAAUCUGUACGGACCGGUUGUUGUUUUUUGAUCUUGAACAAAUAUGUCACUGGUUGGGAUAACACAAGGUGUGGAAUGUCAGUGUGAAUAAGGAAUAUAUGUUAUGCCUAUCUGAAGUCAGUGCAAGGCAAAUGCCUUUCUCUCAAUGUGAAACCCAAUCCUCCAAAAGCUAGAAGGGUGAACUCACAAAGAAGAUUACAAAGAAUUAUCUGUUGCUUUUCUCUCGCAACUGUGUAUUUGCAUUUCAAGCAGUUAUUACAAAUAUUUAGCAAUAUGAUAAAGAUAUAUCCUUGCAUGAGCAAUUCUUUAAAAAAAAAACUAUAUACAACAAUAAUGUGUUAACACAAAACAAAACACUUCCUUUAGGGUAGGGGCUCAACAUAUUUCCCAAAUCAGAUUAUUGUAAAAAUAAACUACGACAGACCUCAUAGUCAUACUUUCUCUCUGCUUUAAAUACCCCGCCCACUGGCAUCAGGUAGGAGGAGGAUAGGGGGGGGGGGGGGGGGGGAGUAUGUCUUGAUCACAUUGAUAUCCUGUAAGAGGGUGUCCUGUGAAGAAAAGAUGGAAGCAUAGAACGCGUUACUCACAACAUUUCUGUCAAAUAAAGAAGACGAGUGGGCUAUGGAUGAGUCAUUGUCGCCCGACAAAGGGAGACAGAUUUAUGGUGGAUGUAUUUUAAAUCACCACACACCUUGUGUUCAAUCAUGUCCAGGGCGAUGAAGAACAGGCCGCAGCUAAGUUCUGUGGUUUUCUGUUUUUCUGAAAGUUUUUUUGCAAUCGUUCCACCCUCACCUUCAAACGAAUGACAACGUCAAUGCACUGUUUACACCAAACCAACCGGGUCUGUCCACACGAAUGUAUCCACUAACAAGUACUUUCAUUUAGCACGUGUAGGUUUGUGCGAGCGUGUCCGGGUGUGUGUCUGUGUGUCUGUGUGUGUGUGUGUGUGUGUGUGUGUGUGUGUACACACGGCUGUGACCUCCACACAUCUGGUAAUGAGUUAGAGGAGCAGGGGUCUUUGAUGUCCCCCCUCCCCAACCCCCCCACCCUCCCAAUCCCCUAAUUAUACCAGUCAUCACGUAGAAAAAAAAAAGAGCAAAGAGAACGACCAACCAUUCAGGGUCUCCGUCUUGUCACUGUGGAGGAGAACAUAAAACCAGAGUGUGUGUGUGUGUGUGUUUGUGGGGGGGGGGGGGGGGAGUUUGACUGUAGUGCUCUGCAGAUUUGCAAGUCCCAGCUGUGCGGUGGUCCCAGGUGGGCUGCUGAAGUGGCCUACUGGGACCCCGGCGUCUUCAGAUUGCUGCUAAAAGCUAGCAUUAGGAUCUUUAAAUCCACCCCAUCCAUCCUCUCUUGCUCACUCCCACCACUCUUUCCCACUCACUCCCCCCUCUCCUCUUUCUCACUAAACUUCUUCCCUCACCCCCAUUCUUGUCUCCCUUUCUCACCUUCUCUCACUCAUCCUUUCUCUCCAUCUCCCUCUUUCCACCUCUCUCUGGCUCUCUACCCCCCCCCCCCCCCCCCCUCUCUCUCUCCAUAAAUCCACCUCCCCCCUCGCUCUCUCCUCUCCCAGUCUGGUUGUCACCAUGCAGUCGAGGUAAAUGGCGUUGUGUAUUGCUCUGCGCUCCUCUCCAUUAGUUAUCAUGUGCAGCUGCCUUCCUCAAACGUCUGGGAGACUGUUGAGGCUGGAUGGAGGUUCUGAAGUGAGCGAAUCCAGAAGUGCACAGCUGGAAAGUAAUUGGUGUGUGAGAGUGUCUGUGUGCGUUUGUGUGCGUGUGGGUCGUCGUUGCACACAUGCAGAUGAAUGCGUGUGUCCAUGUGUACAUUUCUAUUCAAAUGUUAUUUUCCGAACAAACAAAUCAAUGAUUGUCUGCACAUCCACAUACACACACUGCGAGUUUGCAGCAUACGGGGAACACAGUGUUGAAUGUACACUACCGUUACACUUUGUCUGUCCAUUAUUGUACACAUUGCAAAAAUGCUUUUUAUUCAUUUUGCAUAUUAUUAAAAAGGGAAUACUUGUGUUACAAUUA